UCCCCUGUGCCCUAAAGUCAUAGCCUAGAUGAAUAGCUUAGAGACGGAGAAGAGCGAUGGCGCCGCGCGAGGAAUCGGCAAAUACCAGAAGAUUUCGCCGCUGAGCGACGGCAGCAAGGACGAUUUGGCUGUGAAUCAGGUGUCCGUGCCACAGGCGCGAGGAUGGAAGAAGCUCAUGGCUUAUGUCGGCCCUGGCUUCCUCGUCGCGAUUGCAUACAUGGAUCCCGGGAAUUUCGAGAGCGAUCUCCAAGCUGGAGCACAGUUCAAGUAUGAGCUGCUGUGGGUUCUUCUUCUUGCGACCGUCUCCGGUGCAUUGAUACAGUCUCUUGCUGCCAAUCUGGGAGUUGUAACUGAGAAGCAUCUGGCACAGCAUUGUCGCUUGGAGUAUCCACCCAAGGUGAAUCUAGUGCUGUGGUUUUUAGCUGAGAUUGCUAUUGUCGCCAGUGAUAUUCCCGAAGUGAUUGGGACGGCGUAUGCUCUCAACAUGCUCUUUGGCCUUCAAUUAUGGAUUGGAGUCGUACUUACCGGAUUGAGCACGCUUCUUUUUCUCGCUUUGCAGCAAUACGGGAUUCGCAAGCUCGAGAUCUUCAUAUCGAUUUUGGUGUUUACGAUAGCUAGCUGUUUCUUCGUGGAGAUGUUCAAUGCGCGUCCCUCUCCUGUGGAGUUGAUGAAGGGACUGUUUAUUCCUAGAUUAAGUGGAAAUGGAGCAGCAGGGAUAGCCAUCUCUCUCUUUGGUGCCAUGGUUAUGCCGCAUAACUUGUUUUUGCAUUCAGCUCUCGUGCUCACAAGAUCGACUCCUCCGACAAUGGAAGGAAUCCGGGAUGGGUGCAGGUACAAUUUAAUCGAAUGCUGUUUCGCAUUGCUCGUGUCUUUUGCCAUCAAUCUGGCAGUUGUAGCUGUCAGUGGAGCGGUUUGUAGCGACUCUCAACUCUCGGUAGCUGAUGCGGAUCGAUGCAGUAACUUAGACUUGAAUCGUGCUUCUUUCCUUUUAAAGCAUGUCCUUGGGAGCUGGAGCGGGGUUUUGUUCGGAAUCGCUUUGCUUGCGUCAGGCCAAAGCUCGACAAUUACCGGGACAUUUGCCGGGCAAUAUGUCAUGCAGGGAUUUCUGGAGCUCCGGUUUGAGCAGUGGAUAAGGAACUUGUUGACGAGAUGCGUUGCAAUUGUUCCAAGUCUAGUUGUGGCUCUACUCGGCGGAUCAUCUGGUGCCGGACAGCUUAUCAUAAUAUCCUCGAUGAUUCUUUCUUUCGAGCUACCGUUUGCACUCAUACCACUGCUCAAGUUCACGAGCAAUCCGGGAAAGAUGGGUCCGCAUGUCAACCACAGAAAGGUGACAAUAUUGACUUGGGUGAUCGGAUCGAGCAUCAUUCUGGUGAAUUUGUUCUACCUGGCCAGCAAUUUUAUCAAGUGGCUGCAAAGAUCUAGACUGCGGAGACUACACAUUGCUCUUCUGGGGAUUGCUGGUUUCCUGGCAUUGCUCGCCUAUGCGCUGCUAGCCGCGUAUCUGGCCUUACGCAAGGAUAACGAAGGAACUUACAGGCUCUCGAGCAGCGUGGAGGAGGAACAAGAUGGUUUUGUCGACAAAGAGAGCGUCGUUGCUAAUUAACCCUCUUUAGUAUUAAUCAAUCCAACAUGGUAGACGGAGAACCCUAA